AAACACACUACCGGAGUCAUAAAUCAGUUUUUUUUUUAUGUGCAUAGUGAAGUGAAUCUUUAACAUUUUAAUUAAAAUUACAGGCAAUAUGUGCAAAUAGAUUAACAAUGGAGUUGCAGACAAUGGCACCUUCUUCAAGUCGCAUUCUUUACGAUGUGCCGUGCGCCGUGUGCCGCGACCAUUCAUCAGGCAAACAUUACGGUGUGUUCGCUUGCGAUGGCUGUGCGGGCUUCUUCAAGAGAUCUGUACGCAGGGACCGGCAAUACGCCUGCAAGGCUCGACGCCCGGGAGCUUGUCUAGUGGACAAGGCGCACCGCAACCAGUGCAGAGCAUGCAGGCUAGCCAAAUGCCUGGACGCUGGGAUGAACAAAGAUGCUGUUCAACAUGAAAGAGGCCCACGUAACUCAACAAUACGAAGACAGAUGGCAUUAUUUUUAAAAGACCCUGCCGCGCCGCCUUCCGAUGUUAGUUUUUCACUUCCACCAGCUCCAGAUUUAGCCUUACCUAAACACUGUUCGCUACCACCGCCGCCGUUGGGAUUAUUCCAAAGUCCUUUUCAUCCAUAUCAUAGAAUAAACAUGCUUUCAUCUAUACCAUGCCCUAAAGCACCGUCACCGCCACCUAUCACAAUUUCACUUCUAACUCCCGCUCGGCCUGAAGCGAUGUGCGAAGCAGCCGCUCGACUUCUGUUUAUGAACGUGAAAUGGGCGAAGAAUGUUCCAGCCUUCACAUCUCUUUCCCUCUCCGACAGAUUACUUCUACUAGAAGAGACGUGGAGAGAUCUCUUUGUCAUUGGCACUUCACAAUUCCUAUAUCCCAUUGAUCUAAAAAUAUUAUUCGACGGAAAAAAUCCAAGAUUAGAUGUAAAACAAGUCGAAGAAUUUAACAGAGUUUUAUUAGAAUUUGCAAAAAUACGCCCUGAUAAUAACGAGUACUCUUGUCUCCGAGCAAUUGUUCUUUUUAAAACUUCACUGGGCGUUAAGAACUGUAAUGGGAGCCCGUCUUCACCAAAUUCAGAAACCAGAAAGCUUCAAGAUUUGCCAGCGAUUGCUGCUUUUCAAGGACAUUCACAAGUUAUUCUUAAUGAACACACAGCUCGGAUAUAUCCCCAUGAGACGUCUCGAUGCAGCCGUCUCCUACAGUUGUUGUCACUUAUAAGAGGAGUUUAUAGCUCGACUAUAGUGGAACUAUUCUUUCGAGCCACCAUCGGGGAGAUACCGAUAGAAAGGAUAAUAAGCGACAUGUAUAGGACAGGAAAAGAUACAGUUUAA